GCCUUAUUCCGCUGCACCCAGACAGGUUGGACCCCCAAAAUUCAACAUUUCCGUAGAUUUUCUGCAUUCUUCUGUUGGUAGUGUUUGCCUACUGACUACAAAUCUACUGGAAGCGGACGUCUACUUGAGAAGAGGAGGGAAGAGACGCCAACGCAAAGAUGAAAGGUUACCAAUACAUGAGAAGAGCAGGAACGGCAGCACUGCUUUCCGCAAUUCUGCUACCAGCAAACUUACCAACAGCAACAUUCGCAUCAGCAACAGUCACCACUAAACCCCAACAUGCCACCUCGAACUUCACCACCCACUCCCAAUCCCUCCUCACCCAAUCCAUGUCCUUCAUGGACCAACUCUACGACCCCAUAGCCGGCUACCUCUACCGCUUCAACACCGCCCUCCUCCACGACACCCGUUCCUCCUCCUGGUACGCAGCAGGCCUCCUAGCACGCGCCAGCCUCUCCAAUACCACAACCACAUCUACCUCAUCAUCGGACAUCUCCGAAGCAAUCCAGAUCAUCAGUAACAUCAUCAACCCCCAAUUCACCAACACCUCCGAACAAUGGUACGGCGACUACCAAUCCUACCCAGAACAACCCUACCCCGGCACAGAACAGUAUCCCGCAACGAUCUACAAUACAUGGGAUCCGAACUGGCGAGGAUUCAUCGGGACGGCAUUUAUUGUGAUUCUGGAAGAAUAUAGCCAUCUCCUACCAUCUUCCCUCCAAACCGACAUUCUCGCAAGUCUGAAGCUCAAUGCCAUAGGCGAUACAUACCGCGUCGGAGGCGUAGACGACGAUAAUUUGUACCCUUUCUACUCCAAUGCGGCAAUAAUGAAAGCCGCUGUGGGAUCCUAUAUCGGUCAUCGGUUACAAGAUGCAAAUUUGACGAAUGAGAGCGAAGCUUGGGGAAGAGAGAUUGUAGAAUUGUUUGAUGAGGUUGGAGGAAGUCUGAGUGAAUUCAAUGGGCCAACGUACACAGGCGUAAGUUUGACCGGGCUAACCAUAUGGGCCAAGUACUUGCCUUCCAAUUCUUCGCUGAAAGCGAGCGGAGAGAGAAUGAUUCGACGAACGUGGGAAGAGUUCGGCGAGUUGUAUAAUGCGAAUAUGAAACAGAUCACGGGGCCGUGGGAUCGAAGCUACGGGUACGAUGAGUCGAAGUACUUGUCCAUCAUGAGCUUGUGGAUUUGGAGUCUCGUCGGACUGGAAGCGUCGCCGUUUGGACCAAAUUUCAAGCCCUGGGCAAUCGCGCACAACGAUGAUUUUGAGAUCGGCCCUCUGGUCGCCAUCUUGACGAAGUAUCAUGUGCAGCAAGGCUGGGUUGGCGAGAAAGUCAUGAGGUCUCUGACCGAGUUCGAGGAUCCAGGAGAAGGGGGCAGAAUGUUCAUGGCAUCUGCUUACUCGGACGCCUACGAUCACGUCCCUCGCAAUAUUACGUCUUGGAUAUCUGCCAACUUGACGAUUGGUGCAGAGAGCUUCGACAUGAACGUCGUGGGCGGCCCAGCCAGGAAUCCAUCUCAAUUCAACCCCGCAAUCGCGCAGUGGUUACGAGGAGAUGGAUCAGUUGGCUUCCUGACGUUGUAUCCAGAGACACAAGCGCUACAGGCCGAAGUCGGUCCACGACGACUCAAUCUGACAUAUCCGUAUGGUAACGCAACGAGCAAAUUUGUCUUCCAUGUCAGCCCGAAUGGGCUGACCGGGCCGAAGAAUGUGUAUUCGUGGGACGAUAUCCUUGGUGUCGGUGUGAAGGUCUCUGGCUCGGUACGCCCAGAACCGGAGAUCAACUUCUGCGGUAACGUCGGAGGAGCUUGCGAUCCUGUCAAGUAUGUCGCUACUCUCGCUACUGUCCAUCACCUGGCAGCUUUCUCGGCCGUACUGCAUUGGCUGACUUGUUAUCUUUUUAGUGAAUUCGACCUAUGGAACUUCACGUACAGUAUGCCGGCGAAUGAUACGCGACUGCCGAAUAUCGUCCUUGAUUUUGAGCUUGUGUGACGGGUCGUGAGCUUCAUGCUAGCAGGCUGGGCUGGGCAAGAUAAAGCUGUGGCUAAGCAUGGGAGGUCGAGCUUCGUGGGGUGUCCUGUAGCGCGAGUCUAGGCUUUUGUGGUCGAUGUGUUUGCAAUCAGACAAUCGUCGCGUGAUGCAUUUUGCACUCACAGAAUUUUCGAUGCUAUGGCAGAUGCGGCUGGUAGGACAUGGAGGGGCUGGUUGAUGCCGAGACCCCAUGGUCAGGCCAGGUACAUCUUAUGGAGCAGUGACGAUCAUGAGUAGAGCCAAGGAAAGGAAGACACGGAUAUGAGCUGGG